AUGGAGUCGCCGGAAACACCCGCUGCGCCUGAGACUGCUGCUAAGAAGCGCAGAAGACCAGUCAAUGGAUACGACAAAGCAAACUUUACGAAAACACCAGUGCAUUGUCAUGGUGGUCGAAUUACCGGCGUUGCGGUCUUCGGAUACCCGGGAACCAAAGAAAGCAGGGUCCACAGAGCUGACGAUCUCCAGGUCAAGUGCGAUGAACGACCGAAUGGCUGCGUGAAUUGUGAACGACUCCAGCUAGACUGCGUGCAGAAUGGCGGGGUUUCAGCUGCUGCGAAGAGACCAAGUACAUCGUACGAACCAGUCGUGGGAAUCAAGCGGAAACGGACAUUUCGAUCUUGUAUCCCUUGUCGAGACUCCAAAGUCAAAUGCUCUGGCGAACGACCAAACUGCACGAGGUGUCAACAGCGCCGGACUUCGUGUGUUUACGAUGCCGAGCAAGUCGAGCCAGCUUGGGUGCAAAGCAUUGCGACUCCAGUUUCAGAAACGCAUACCGAUUCGAUGAUGAUACCUCCCCAUACCCCCCAGGAUUCUCGAACACCUUCCAGGGGGUACGGUCCGCUAUCUAAUAGCGAGCCUGUUGUACCAGGGUGUCCACCAGGCCUGCUAUGGUUAUUCUCACCACAGCUACCACCGAGAAUCAAGCUUCAUGCGUUGUUGGAUGCGUACUUCAACAACGUUCACCCCAUUCGGGUCUUUGCGUUCGAGCAUAAGCCGUCGUUCAUUAGGAUGCUAGAUGAAGGUCAGCUCGUGGAUGCGUCUGAUCAAGCCCUCCUACACAUAAUGUGUGCGUUAGGUGCUCGAUUCUACGCACUUGACUACAGUGAGUCGUUCUCGCCAUUGACAAAAGAUCUGAUCCAGUCAGCGGGAAGCCAGUGGGCGAAGUCUGCGGAGGAGAUGUUCUUCGCUGAUUACAGCACCAUCUCCAUCACAAAGCUCAAGGUCUUGGUCUUGCUUCAUGACCAAGAAGCCCGUAAUGGCAACUAUGCGGGCUCUUUCCUUCUUACUGGCCUUGUCAUACGCAUGGCGCACGCUCUGCAACUCAAUAAUGAGGUAUCACCAGACGUCCUUUGUAAAGAGUUAGGAGGAAGUCCAAACGAGGUAUCUGUAAGGGAGUCUCGUAGGAGGCUCAUGUGGGCGUGUUAUAUGAUCGAUGUCUGGGCUGGUAGUGGUGUCGACCACCUCACUAUACUCAAUGAAAGAGACCUCAAGAUCCAGCUUCCUUGCAACGAGCGUCAAUUCUCACUACAGAUACCGUGUGUCACGGAGCGGCUUGAGAGAGGUACAUUACUGGAAUUUAUGCCUCCAGAGGACAUACCAGAGAAACCGGCGGACAACCUGGGUAUGGCUGCGUACUACCACAUGGAUGAAGAGCAACCGCCUUGGCUUCCCGGGUCCGGAUUCGCCGUUCUCAUCGAGGAUAUACAAUCAUGGAAGCAAAGUCUGCCGUCCUGGUUAGACUUUUCCGCGGACAACAUCUACAUCCGACGUGAGACCCAUCAGCUAGGUGCACUCCUCCUCAUCCACUGCAUGUAUCAUCACGUUAUGUGCGACGUACAUCGGAUCGCUCUCCCUGAUUUGUUCAAGAACCAAGAGCCAUUCGUUUUCCCCACUGAUCGGCAGGCAUUCGUCAGUCAUCUACAAGAUGUCUGCUUUGAGCAUGCGCAGCGUAUGUCAGUGUUGGUCUCACAUAUACUGCAGCACGGCGUCAAACACUUCGCGGACUCUAUUCUACCAUCGUUCGUCUACAACAGCAGUCGCAUCAUGCUCUAUUAUAUCGCUCGGAUCUUGGAUGUAUCGAAGCCCGAUGCAGGAACUGUUAUUGGUCGUACAGUCGAGCUAGUGCAGUACAAUAACCAGGCGCUGCGGGAAAUGGCGUUCAUGUAUCCGCUUGCUGAAUCGUUAUGUAUCACAUCCGAGCGCUGGUUAGAGACUGUACGCGACAGUCUGGCUCGUGGCCACUCUGCUGACUACAUCGCGCCUCAGGACCCGUCCGAGAACGAAGCGCGGCGCAUUGUCGGCGCUCCCGCACCGACGGCAGGUACCCCUAGGCAACGAAACGCGGCCCUCUCGGUGAUCCCUCCAGUUGAAGAGAUACUUUCUGCAACUUCACCUUCAACGCUCAGGACGGCCACUACCCGCUAUCCCUUUUCGGCGCCGGCUACUGACCAGGGUUCAUCUGUAGUCACGUCAGGUCAGGUCAUGACUUCAGCGACUGAGAACGCGGUAGGGACUGUAUACUCCUCCCCCAAUGCGCCCACUGCUUUUGAGCAGCCCAUGUUCAACCUCGACGACCUACAGAACUUUUUUGGGUGGGAAGCAAGUGAUGAUGAGAAUGCACAGUCGACCGGAUUUGAGGGAUUUGGUCCUCUAGGUUGGGCAAAUAAUUUCUCUAUUAUGUGA